UUAAUGCAAAAGAGUUGAUAAAGAGCUUGAAUGUUGAUCCUGGAUUCAGGAACCAGAGGAAUUCAACAGAUGGAUCCCUAACAAAAGCAUCCUUUAUUAGUCUGAAUUCGUUUGAGAACUUAGGCAACUCUUUGAGCAAACAGAAUUCUAAGGGCAAGCGAAAAGAGUCUUGAAAAGAAGAGAGUAAGGUUGUGAUGAAAAAGAAAAAGACUAUUGCCAUGUUGAAGAAAUAAAAAUACUAAUUCAAUCCUCAAGGUCCGCCGAAAUACUGGUGUUGGUAUAAGGAAAUAAACAGAAGAAGUCUAGAAAUGAACAAGUAUAUUCUGUACAUCAAAAUAAUUAAUUCUUUCCUGAACUCUACCACGAACUUUGCUCAAGGUUCCAAACUACCCGAAAAGCUUACCACCGGACUUAUAAACUAUAAACCUCCAAAAGCUGAGAAAAAUCAAAUACUUGAUAAGAGGAGAAGUAUGAUAGGGAAGGAGUACUGAUGAUCUUUUGUUGAAAGAGCUCCUUCUCCGCAGGCUAUUCAUAAUUUAAGCUUAGUUCCAGAGGAUUUUAAAAAUCCUUGUAAGAAAAAGAAGAACUCGACCCUUUUGUUUUAUAACUCUGAUUACUCGACACCGCAGAAUAUUUCGAAUAACAGGCUGAUCAAAAAGAAGAUGAGUGCUACAAAUUUUGAUAGGUACAGAACUUUUAGUCAGUCAAAGAGCAGGAACAAGGUUCGUAACGGAAAAAUUAAUCAGAAACCAGUUUUCAUCACUAAGAAGAGUCGCAAUAACAUGACCCUGGACGGAAUGAACUUAUCCUCUAUCGGUAGUUCCCAAAUUCCUCAAUCAAAUUCAAUGCUACUGAAGAAGAUCUGCAAGAAUACUAAAAUCAAGGGACUUCAUUACAAAUUUAACAGUGAGACUCCUAAGAGAAAGAGGAAGAAUUUAGACUCGGACCUAGUUUCGAUUCAACAAUCUCGAAAAGAUACUAAAUCUAUUGAAAAGAAGCCUCUUGGCUCAAAGGAUAAACUGAUAGUGAAUAUUAUUAAGGACAACAUUGAAAAGUCGUUAAAUAAUAAGAUAAAGAUUCUUGAAAAAGAUCUCAAGAAGAAGCAGAUUGAAUUUACCAUUAGAAAUCAGCAAUACAGUGAAAACUUAUCUAAGAUGCAUGAGAGGAGCGAUCACGAGAAGUUAAAGCUCAAUAUCUAUGAAAUGCUUAAUAAUCCUAGGUAUGAAUUCGAUCUUGAGGAAGUCAAGAAUUUAAAAUCAAGGCACUCCAUGGUGCAGGAAGAGUUUCAAAAGUGACUUACCUUGGUUCAGGACGAUAAUCUCCGAUGAUUAAUGAAUCUUAUGAAGAGCAACUAUGACACCCAGAUUAAAGAUAUCAUUGCAAAUGCUGAAAGGAAUUUAAAGACCAUCAAGACUAUGAAGACCAAGCUUGAUGGGCCUAUUAAUGAUGUUUUGGACCAGAUAAAUACACUGCAGUUCCAGUUCACAACUGAAAACAAGAAGAACCAAUUUGAAAUUGAUGAACAAAGGCAAAAGAUCGAUCAAUUAAAUCAAGAAAUUAAGAAGCUACGUUGUAAUGGAGGAGUCGAUUUGGAUGAAAUUGAUAGAAACGAGAAACGGUUGCUUAAGGAACUCAAAGUUGUCAACAAGGAAAAUAAACAAAUGAAGGAAGUCAUCCAAGAAUUCAAGGAUGAAGUUGAUUAUUGUAAGCAACGAGAGAACAAGCUCAUGUACUUCCUUUAUGUGAUGAAAGAGAAAGGGCUUCCUGUGGGUGAAAUAUUUGAAGAAGAAAUUAAAGAAAUACCAACUAAACGGUUUUCAAAAUAUUUUGAUGAUGAAUCAAGGGAUGAAAGAGAGAAGGAAGAAACGCGAAAGCUCAUGUCUCUAUCUGAGAGGAUCUUCCCAGUCAGCAGAGAACAGGUUAUUUCUGAUACUACUUCUAUUAUGAACAUCACAGAUGGACCUCCGAUGAAACAGAAGAGGUUCUCUAUAGUCCCCGAACUGAGGCUUGAUGGUCUCCCUCCAAGACAUAUCCAUUAUUUCUCAGACGAUUCUGAAAGAAGCGGGUAUGACUUAUCCAUAGAAAGGAGGAAGUUUAAUGAAAAUGCGACUGUUUCCCAAAAAUACAAUCUUGCUUCCUAUGGAAAAAGGAUGAAGCAAGAGAAGCUCCAUCGUAAAGCGAGUGAGGACUCAUUUCAAAAAUCUAAAAUUUUACAACUCGGAAGUAAGUUAUUUGCUUCUGAUUCUUUGUAAUAAUUCAAGAGUA